AUGCCUCGCAACCUGGGGAAACUGAGAGAAAUACAAGAGGACUACAUAGCCCUCGAAGAACUCCAAGAUGGUACUUAUGACAAGCUGGUAAAAGGAACCAGUAGAGGAGAAAAUGUGGUAGAACCACAGGACCCUCGGGCACCAAUCCGAGGAGCAGGACGGUCCAGCAACGGACCAACCCAGUUCGAUAAACACCGGAGUGGAGGAUGGAAAGGGAGAGACCAAGCCCAGUCGAGGAAAGGAAAAUUUGUAGACCCAGUCUACACGAAGUUAAACACUUCCAUAUCUGAGAUCUUGAAAAAGAUCGAGGGAAAAUAUAAAAUCACUUAUCCAUGGAAUAGGGGACAGCAGCCCGAGCGGGCCAAAAACAGAACAGAGUUUUGUGAGUUCCACCAAUUCCAUAGUCACACGACAGACUCGUGCAGAGACUUGAAGAAAAUGGUGCAAGACAUGAUCGACGAAGGCAAGCUUCAGGAGUACAUCGCACAACCAGCGAUUCAACCGGCCGAAGGUGCACCCAUACAUCGUGUGGAAAUUCCUCGUGAAGCGCAGUACUUGGGAUGCAAUACAAUCUCCCACUUAGAUGUCACAGCUCCCAUGCAUGAAGGAAAUAUCACAGGAAGAAUUCAUAAACGCAACUUCGAAGGCGACGAGGUUUUCAGCGUAGCAAUUGAACCUCCCAUGCAGGAGUGGAUGAAAAUACCUAUCAGCUUCUCAGCAUCUGAAGCACCUGAUGGAGGACGAAACCACAACGAUCCGCUAGUGGUCACGAUGGUUACAUCAUUCCCCGAACACGAGGAAGAGGAAGAUAAACCCAAGGCACUGCCUUGGGCCAUGCCUAAAAUACUCAUAGGCGGAGGAAGUUCUGUCGAGAUCCUGUUUUAUGAAACAUUCAAGCAAAUGGGUCAUAGAGACGAAUGCUUAAUACCAUCAACCUAUAACAUAUUUGGCUUUAACGACUCAUCGACUCGCCCGAGGGGUGAGGUCACUCUAGAAAUUCGGGUAGGCAAGAUCCUUACCCUAACCACUUUCCAUGUAGUAGAUGUAAUUUUCCCAUACACGGCUAUUGUCGGGCGAUCCUGGGUCCAUGGGAUCAAGGGAGUCGCCUCGACCUACCAUCAAAGGCUAAGAUUCCCAACGCCAGACGGGAUCGCCGAGAUCAUAGGCGACUCAGGCGAGGCUAAGUUCUAUUACAACAUGGACGUACGAAAUAAUGAGAACAGAGUGAACUCCUCUAAGGAAAAACCGAAGAUAACCAACAACACUGAAAACUAG